AAAAAAAAGAAGGGGGAAAAGUCUUCCAGGAGCUGUGGAAGUGCACAGGCAUGAACUCAGCAGAACAACAACAAAAUAGAAAAAGAAAUUAUCUGAUCACUGCCCUAGAGCCCUUAAGCUCUGACAUCCUGCCCAAUCAUAAAUCACUCACACACUAAAUGUAGCCAUAGCCAUGCAGUAGUGCAUUGGGUUUGGCUUCUGUGGUCUAAGGGAAGUAGCCUCCCUAUCCCUAGGCUAGAGGACUGCUUGGAAAAGGUGGUGAGAAAUCAGAUUUUGAAGUCUGAGGGCCCUUUGAACCUGUCUUGUUGUCUUUUUCCCUCCAGUCUCUCCUUGGUCAGUGUCCUUCUAGCACAAAGGCAGACACCCUACUUUUGGAGCAAAACUCCAGAGUGUGCUGUCCCCUACAGCCCUUCCAUUUGUGUGACUUGGCGGCCCAAGUACCCACUCAGGGCUGUAACACAUGACUCCUUUAACUCCUACUCCAGACCGUGAUCUGGCACUCUCUCUGAAACUGGAGGGGUGAGGCCUCAUGUCCUCCCCUCUGGUCUCUUUCCCUCCAGACAGUAGCGACAGUGAGCUGGAGCUGUCCACAGUGCGCCACCAACCGGAGGGCCUGGACCAGCUGCAGGCACAGACCAAGUUCACCAAGAAGGAGCUACAGUCCCUGUACAGAGGCUUCAAGAAUGAGUGUCCCACAGGCCUGGUGGACGAAGAUACCUUCAAACUCAUUUACUCACAGUUCUUCCCUCAGGGAGAUGCCACCACCUAUGCACACUUCCUCUUCAAUGCCUUUGAUGCCGAUGGGAAUGGGGCCAUUCGCUUUGAGGACUUUGUGGUCGGCCUCUCCAUCCUCCUGCGGGGAACAGUCCACGAGAAGCUUAAGUGGGCCUUUAACCUCUACGACAUUAACAAGGAUGGUUACAUCACCAAAGAGGAGAUGUUGGCCAUCAUGAAGUCCAUUUAUGACAUGAUGGGCCGCCACACAUACCCCAUCCUGAGGGAGGAUGCGCCUCUGGAGCAUGUGGAACGGUUCUUCCAGAAAAUGGACCGGAAUCAGGAUGGGGUGGUGACCAUUGACGAGUUCCUGGAGACCUGUCAGAAGGGUCCUGAAACAGCACGACCACCCUCUGCGUGAGCUCACCCCAGCCCCAAGGAAAUAACACAAGGAAAUAGGCUGAAGCUCACCUGGCUGAAGCCUGGGUCCCAGCAGCCCCCACUCUGGUGGGCCUGGGGAAGAAGUAUGGGGGUUCAUAUUGUGCCUCAGAGCAACAGAUGCCAGAAAGCACAGCACAGCUGGACUCACCAACACUCAAAAGCACAAACCCAGAGACUCUGCACCGCUAGGCUCUGCUCUGAGGACGGACUCAAACAGUCUACAGCAAGGGCAAAGAAGCCUGAGGGCAACAGAGUCCUCCCGCGAGGCUGCUUCCACCUGCACAGGCCUCCCCAGGAAGGAGCCCAGUCCAGGCAGCACAGGCCCUUCCAAGGAACAUUCCCACGAUACAUUCCAUCACCACCACCUCUGCUCAGGCCUCACUCCAGGGUAAGCAGAGCCCUUGAGGAAAGGAGGGAUGAUGGAGGCUGCGCAGACUGACCUAGUUCAGCCUCGAGUACCCGGGACCCGUAGCACCCACAAACAGGUGGUCCUCCCCUUUGGAGUUGCACUGACCCCCUCCCAUCUCCAGUCUGACUGGGGGUUCCUCACCCCUUUUCCAGGAGGGUGUCAACUUUCCCUGGCUCAGGGAUCACCCCUUCCCCUCCUUGAGCCCCCUACCCCCUUCCCCAGCCCAGCCCUUCCAGCUGGUGUAGCUCUGCUUCAAAGGGGUCAGGGCCAUAGGGGAGGGUCACUGCCCUGCCUUGCCCACCUGGACCUCAGGCCAGACUGGCUACACGUCCAACCAGAAGGCAUCUGUCUCCCAUACUGGGAUGAGGACUGGCCGCACGUCUGCAUGGCAGAAGCGUCUCCCUUGUGUAGGGGAGGGUGGUGCCUGUUUCAGCACCCACCAAUAUCCAGUUCUGUAUAUUUUAAUAAAAUAAACUUGACAAAGA